ACUGCUAGUUUAACUUAUGGCUUCGUUGGUAGUUUCUCCCUUACGUUGAAGUCUGACGUUAGUCGACUGUUCUAAAUUUUUUUGGACGGACGCAAGCCGUCAGCGAAGCCAUUCACGGCAUGCUGCAUUUUACGUUGCCAAUCUUUCAAGAUCCUAAAGUAUCAAGUUUGAGUUCAACAUUUCCUGGCUAACAAAUGUGGCCUCUAUUACUACUAUGGGACAUGGGACUUUCAGGUAUCAUCAUUGAAGUGAUUGUGGGUCUCAUUGGGCUAGAUUUUCUCUUCAGAGUAUGGCGGCGUAAGGUUUACUACGUCAAAGUCCAUGACUUCAGUAAAGGACACUCCUGGUGUAGUAUAAGUGAUACUGACCAGGCAGUUCAUUGCAGUGUAUGCGAGCAUGUGUUACUUGGGGGUGGACUGCGCUGUGACUCCUGUGGAGUGUGUGCCGAUGAAACCUGCAUGCAUAAAGCAGAUAAAAGAUUGAAAUGCAAGCAGGUUUCUGUGGAUUCCAUAUCAAUGAAACAUCAAUGGGUGAAAGGAAACCUAUCCCCUGAAUCAAUUUGUCGUGUUUGCGACGAGGAAUGCGGUACUGAAAGACAUUUGUCCGACUUCCGCUGUUGCUGGUGUCAAUGGACUGUCCACGAGAAAUGCCUCCCCAAUUUAGCUGAUCUAUGUAAUCUAGGAAUUUAUCGGAAUUUUAUAAUUCCUCCGAACUGCAUAACACUUCGACGUAGUUCCAGAGGGCGCUUACGAUCACAGUGCCUUGUUGCUAGUAUUAAAGAGCCCCAGUGGGGGCCACAGUGGAAACCAUUGAUUGUUAUUGGGAACGGUAAAUCUGGAAGUAACGAAGCCUGUCACCUCCUUUCGUCGGCUCGCAAAGUGCUAAAUGCCGUGCAGGCAAUCGAUCUAUCCGAUCAGGAACCUAAAAUUGCUCUGCAGUUAUGUGCAUUGCUGAAAGAAACUCAGUGUAGGCUUCUGAUUGCUGGUGGUGAUGGAACCAUUGCUUGGGUUCUCAAUGCUGUGCAGAACCUUCAUGUUAAGCAUUUACCAGAGACGGCCGUACUUCCAUUGGGGACAGGAAAUGAUUUGUCUCGGGCACUGGGUUGGGGUCCACACGUUGAAGGCGCUGUGGAUUUUCAUGGUAUCUUAAAGAAAAUAGAAGCGAGUUCUUCUGCCUUACUUGACCGAUGGCUUGCCGACAUUCGACCCAGUCGGCAUUUGGGUAUCCGCUUUCCUGGGCGCUCAGUGCGCUUUAAUAAUUACUUCAGCGUCGGUGUUGAUGCCCGUGUAGCCCUCAAUUUUCAUUUAACGAGGCAGUCACCUAUGUAUUUAUUCAGUCAUCGACUUUUCAACAAACUUAUUUAUUUUACUUACGGUACCAAAGAUGUGGUUGAACAAAGUUGUGAAGGAUUAGAAAAUCAAAUUGAACUUUUUAUCGACAACAAACCGAUUGAGUUACCGUGUGUUCAGGCUCUUGUCUUCCUCAACGUUGAUUCAUGGGGUGCCGGAAUAAAGCCGUGGAAUAUGGGCCAAGAAGGUGUAUUUAUGCCAAAGUGUUUGUACGGUGAUGGCAUUAUGGAAGUCAUUGGAGUUUCUUCUUCAUUUCACAUCGCACAGAUGCAGGUCGGUCUGUCGGAACCUUUACGAAUAGAUAGAGGAAAACAUUUUCGGCUUCGUAUAUUCGGCAAGCAGCCAGUUCAAGCUGAUGGGGAGCCCUGGGAACAAGGUCCAAGUGAAAUUAUAAUUGAAAAUUGCGGUCAAGUUCCUGUCCUUACUGUAGAACCGAAUUGCUCGCCACAGUAAAAAGUAAUCAAUGUUACUUUUCAAGAUCAUUCGCAUUGCUUCCCGUGGUUUUUUAUCCUUCUUCACGUGUUGCACGUUACAAAUAUACCAGUGUCUACUCCAUCA